AUGGCGAAUAUAGCGAAUGGGAAAAAAGAUUGUCUGGAAACCUUCCUCCAUCGCGUCCGGGUUGUUUUGUGCCGACGGCGGCGGGUGUCAUUGAGCUGCGGGGCGUCGCUUCCCCAAACGCGCAUCGGGAACCAUUACGCGUGCGGAUCUCCAGCCAUCAGCGCAGAGAUGUCCGGAUACCAGGGCAAGAAGAACAUCCCUCGCAUCACUGUGAUCGAUCAUGUGGUCCCAGAGCCGGGCGUCAGUCUGAUCGCUGCCUUUAACCAGUGGAGGGAGUGGGCCGACCACAAGUCCUGCUGCGAUUACUCUCUUCAUGUGGACAUCACAGAGUGGCACAAGGGCAUGCAGGAGGAGCUCGAGGCGCUGGUCAAAGAUCACGAAAUCAUUGCUGAGGAGCAGAAGAGGAUUCUGGGAUUGGGUAUCACUGGUCCAGAGGGACACGUUCUGAGCCGUCCAGAGGAGGUGGAGGCCGAGGCCGUCAACCGCGCUGUGACCAUCGCCAAUCAGACCAACUGCCCGCUCUACAUCGCCAAAGUGAUGAGCAAGAGCGCUGCUGAAGUCAUCGCACAGGCCAGGAAAAAAGGUACCGUGGUGUAUGGGGAACCUAUCACAGCCAGUCUGGGGACAGAUGGCACUCACUACUGGAGCAAGAACUGGGCCAAAGCUGCAGCCUACAUCACAUCUCCACCCCUCAGCCCUGACCCCACCACCCCAGACUAUCUCAACUCCCUGCUGGCCUGUGGUGAUCUGCAGGUGACUGGCAGUGCUCACUGCACCUUCAACACUUCCCAGAGGGCCGUGGGCAAGGAUAAUUUCACCUUCAUCCCGGAGGGAACUAACGGUACUGAGGAGAGAAUGUCCAUCAUCUGGGACAAGUGUGUGGUGAGAGAUAAUUUAUCUGCUUUAUCUGACGGGAACCUCCACACCACUGAGGGUUCUGGACGCUACAUCACCCGUAAACCCUUCCCAGACUACGUCUACAAGAGGAUAAAGGCCCGCAGCAGGCUUGCUGAGCUGCGUGGAGUCCCCCGAGGUCUGUAUGACGGCCCGGUGUGUGAGGUCACUGUGACACCUAAGGUCAUGACCCCUGUCACCUCCAGUAAGACUUCUCCGGUCAAACACGCUCCUCAACCAGUUCGCAACCUGCAUCAGUCUGGAUUCAGUCUAUCUGUCCUGUGGGGUUUUGGUGUGAUUUGA